GCUCUGGCACCGGCUGCGCGGAGGGGCCCGUCCUCGAGCUGCCCUCCCGUCGCUGCUGCUGGCUCUCGGCGGCUGCGGCUCGCGGCAUGAGCUGGGGAGAUGGGGCCGGCGCUCGGGCCCCCCCCUUCCUCCUCCUCCCCCUCCUGCUGCUGCUGCUGCUCUCCCCCGACGGCAGCUGCCUCCCGGGCUCCCGGGCGCGCCAGCAGGGCCGGGGCAGCGCCUCCCCCAGAUCCCCGGGGCCGCCCGUCGUGCUGAUCCCAGGGGAUUUGGGUAACCAGUUGGAAGCCAAAUUGGACAAACCCACAGUGGUGCACUACCUUUGCUCCAAGAAGACAGACAGUUACUUUACGCUCUGGCUGAACUUAGAAUUGCUUCUGCCUGUCAUCAUUGACUGCUGGAUAGACAAUAUCAGGUUAAUAUACAAUCGAACAAGUAAGAUCACAGAGCCUCCAGAUGGAGUGGAUGUCAAAGUCCCAGGGUUUGGACAAACAUUUUCCUUGGAAUUCCUUGACCCUAGUAAAAGAAGUCUUGGCACUUACUUUUACACACUGGUGCAAAGUCUGGUAGACUGGGGCUACCAGCGGGAUAAAGAUAUAAGAGGAGCUCCCUAUGACUGGCGGAAGGCACCAAAUGAGAAUGGAGACUAUUUUGUGGCCCUUCGGAAGAUGAUUGAGUUGAUGUAUGAACAAAAUGGAGGUCCUGUGGUCUUAAUUGCCCACAGUAUGGGUAAUAUGUACACUCUCUAUUUCCUCAACCAUCAGACUCAGGAUUGGAAAGACAAGUACAUAAAGGACUAUGUGUCACUGGGUGCUCCAUGGGGAGGAGUGGCUAAAACCUUUCAUGUGCUGGCUUCAGGUGACAACAACAGGAUACCUGUCAUCAGUUCACUUAAGAUCCGAGACCAGCAGAGAUCUGCAGUUUCAACCAAUUGGAUGCUACCCUACAAUUACACAUGGCCUCCAGAGAAGAUCUUUGUAAGCACACCCACAGUUAACUACACUCUCCGGGAUUACCAAAAGUUCUACAGGGACAUCAACUUUGAGGAUGGCUGGCUCAUGAGACAAGACACUGAGCCCUUGGUCUACCACAUGAUACCACCUGGUGUGCGUUUGCACUGUCUUUUUGGCACUGGUGUAGAAACACCUGACUCAUUCUACUAUGAGGCCUUUCCUGAUAAAGAGCCCAAGAUCUAUUACAGCGAUGGCGAUGGUACAGUGAACUUGGAGAGUGCCUUACAAUGUCAAAAGUGGGUGGACAUGCAAAAGCAGGAGGUGAUAUUGUUUGAGCUGUCAGGAAAUGAGCAUAUUGAGAUGCUGUCUAAUGCUACAACUAUUUCCUAUGUGAAAAAACUACUUUUUGGUUUGUGACACCCUAUGUGGACUGGUUUUUUUUUCCUCCAUCACCUGUGAUGCCUUCCCUUAAGUGAGGGGAAAAUGCCUUUUGAUCCUUUGGUUUUAAAACACUUGGGUUAUUUAUUUGGUCUCUUUUCAGGCCGUGUUCGGAAAGCUGUUUGGUGUCCUUAAUGAUCACUUGUCUCUUGGAUUAGUGUUCGUAAUGCAUCAUAGUGUUUCACGUUCUAAAGGCGUGGUCAUGUGCAUUCUGGUGCUGCUAGACGAAUGUCCAGUGUGCAUACAGAAGUUCACUUGAACAUUUUUCACACCUUUUGUGCAAUAUGUGCAGCCUAUGCUGUUUCUUGUGAGCUUUGGAGAGUUGCGGGGAGAGAAAGAAUUGCUUGCUGGUUACUCUCCGUUCUGUACUAAAGCAAGGGAGAGGUUGUCAAAAUUUUUUUGAGUACAGUAACUUUCCCAAAGGGUCACAAAAGUUCUGAAUCAUUGUCCUUAAAUAAGCUAGUAAAUAUGAAGGUCCAAGCAGGUGGUCUAAAUAGACAUGGAGUUAAGAUAUUGCAGGACUUUGGUCAUAUCCAACUUACCUCUUUCUUCCUUUGUACUGCUGGAGAAGAGGGAAAGUGCAUUAAUUACUUGAAGUUCCUUUUUGAUGUCUUGGAAAAAUUGAAGAGAAUCCAGUUGUCCUUUAGUAACUUGAGGACUUAGCAUCAAGAGUCUAAGGCUGCUGGCUUCAUGCUUUAGAUUUUUUUCCUCCUAAUUUAAAAAAAAAAAGGUUACUAGCUGUCACUCCUCGUACAAUGGCUAUGGCUACAUGGUGUGUACAUUGAAAUCCACAGGAAUUUGGUAUCAGCAAAUUUUGUGUGAGGUGCUGCCUUCACAUGUCAAAGUGACAAGUUAUCUCCAUUAGUUCAAAUGGUAGGUAGGUAGAUCUCAAAAAACCCAAACCCCUCCUACCCAAAACAAAUAAAAAUUAAAGUUCCCACAAUGGGGAAAAAACCCUUUGUAUGUAUCUUGCUUUCAGCUAAGUACACUUCUGCUGUGAUCCAGUUUCCAGCUAACUGACCAUCUUUCCUAUUGGAUCAAAAUUAUGUUUAGUGGAAAAAGCUUAGAAUUAGAGAGUAUUUAUAGAGUAAAAUACCUUUCUUGUAGGGGUACUGAGCUCUUAAUUUGGGUUGAGAAACAAACAUUUAAAAGGGGCACUGUGUAUUAGGCCCCAGAAAAUUGCAUAGCACGCAACUCUCCAUGAAACUAUACUACAGUAGCUUAACCAUGUUAGACCACUUGUCAUUGCAUUUUUCAGAAAACUGCUAUGAACACUUCCAGGGUGCAGGGUUCUUCAGAAAAAGUUACCUUAAGAGUUAUGCUCAUCAGAAAUCCUACAGGAUUAAGAAUCUAUUGAUUUCUAAUGUUAGGAGAUUACUUUUUACACAACCGCAAAGUUUAAUCAAUCCUGUAGUGCAUAGGGGUUGUUUGCUGCCAUUGAAAUAUUAGAUUAGGAUGUGCUGAUCUGACAGCGCUCUCUCAUGAGUGUUUGCCACUGCAGAAUGUAAACACUCUGGCACAGGGUAGAUCUAGAGUUCUCAAGAUUCUAAUAUAUUUUGUAUUAGCUAAUCAUUUCUAGAAAUCCUGACUGGGAUCAUUGGUAGGUUAAAUGUGUCUCUGUACAGAAGAGAGAAUAAGACUAACUCCCUGUCUCUGAGGGAGGACAAGUAUUCCCCAGUAGAAUGGAAGGUCUGUCACUUGGAAUCAGUUACCUAAGAUCUAGUGCUCUGCAACUAUAUGGCCCAAACAGACUUUCCUGCCUCAUCUGUGUGUGCUAGUCCACUGCCAGAUCUGAGUUGCCCACUGGCUAUCUGUAACACAUUGUUGAUUGCUUAAAUCUUAGAGAACAGAAGGAUGAAAUCCUUUUUAGUCAGAUUGGUUUUUUUUGGUAGGCUUCUGUAGAUUGGUGUACCAAGAACCACAGUUCUACUCUAAGGCUCUUCAUAUGGUCUAACUCCAUUGUGAACAAACUACUGUAAGACUGGUCUGCAGUAGAUACAACUAUGCAAAGUAACGAUUCAAAAGUCCAGCUUUUUCAAGUCUAUUAUACUUACCCAGGUAGAAUGCAUGCUUGCUAACUAGCACCAGGAUGGGAGGAACUGGAAUCUGUAUUGGCUCCAAGCAAAGACUGAAGAAUAUUGGUAGGGCUGUAGAAGGGACUCAAGCUCUACCUGGUCUGGAGGAUUUUUUUAGAACUGGUUUACAUUGGAAGCUUUCCAGCUCUGUGUGCUUAAUCUGGAAAAUGCUUAAAAAUCUACAGCAAAAGGGUUUUUUUGGCUUUGCUACUCUGUGCACUUGAAGAAGCAGAAAAAUUAAUGCUUCCAAAAGAGCUGCACUAGAUUACUCUGUUCUGAUUUAGCAUUUGACAUUUACUGUAUUUUCUCCCUUUGGGAAAUGCACUGGUAUGUUUCCAGCUGAUUCCAUCUCAUACUUUUACCUUCGUGCCAAUGACCCUUUAGUCCACACUCACUUAGCUUUCCAUUAACAGAUGGACCCUACAGUCGCUUCUUGUGCUGAAUAAGUCUGCUCUGCUGCUUUUCCUUACACUGGUAAAGAGAGGUUGACAGCCCUCUAAACUUUGUAGGCUUGCUGUGAUUUGUCAGCAUAAAUCCUUGUUUCUUUCCUGCGCAGAAUUGCACAUCUUGUGUUAAAGUGUGAAUGCUGAGGACUCAGUAGUUAAAGUAUCCACACAUCUGAUGAUUACCUUUGGUUGGGGUGCUUUGUAAGACAGAUCACAAGUCUGAUUUCUCAUUUUCCAUCAAAUCCUCCUGAGCCCUGCUCUUUUGUCUACCGUGCAAUCCCAGGAUAGAGAUGUCCUCAGUAUGAAAUAAAUGGAGUACCUAAAAUACACGGCUAAACAUCCCAAAAGGUGGAAGUAGUUAAAUUGUGCAUUUCCCUUUUCUACUAGAAAUCUGUUUUCUUUAUUGCGUGACCCUCUGCUUUAGGGGGCAAACCCAAGUCUAUUUAGAAUCAUUUUAGUAGGGUUGUUUGCAGUGUUUUUAUAGCUAUAUUGGUCCCAGGAUAUUAGACAAGAUGAGUGACGUGUAAUAUCUCUUAUUGGACCAACUUCCGUUAGUGAAAGACAAGCUUUCAAGCUUACACAGAGCUCUUCUUCAGGUUGGUGGUAAGACUGCUAAAGUAUGCAGUCAUAAGUAUUCUACAUUCUUGUGGAGAAACUAGUCUGAGGAAAUAAUUAUUGCUGGGGAAAGAGGAAAAUAAAGUGAAGUACCUCAGGUGCUUUGCUUCACUGGUUUGAAAUGUGUAAUUUGCUGAAAUUCCUUCUGAGUUAUGCUAAUUACUUACCAUUUGUGAAUGUCUAUUUUUCUCCUAAUCUUCAUUUUCAGGAUAUUUUCAGAAACCAAAAGUAGUAGAGGACCAAAAUGUAUUUCUUAUUUCUAACAAAAUGUAAAGAGAAUUCUGGAGGGACUUCAGCUGUUAGUGUAGUGCUGCUGCAACGGCACUAUGUGAUUCUGCUCAGAACAGAAGAUUUUAAUAUCAAGCAAUAAAUGCAAAAGAAUUGUAAGCCAAAGGAAGGAAUGUUUGGCAUUAAGAUAUUUCUUGAAGCAAGGUGUAUUCAAGGCCCUCUUAAAUUCAGGGAAUGUUUGGCAGUUACUUUGCUGCUCUAAACGUAACAGUAUUUUGUAUGAAAUAUCAUCUGGUGAGACCCAGCAUUUUAUAUAUUUUCCUCUUGUAUGACUGAGUUAUAGAUUUCUGCAUAUUUUGUCAGACUUUGAUAACAUAAUAAACUUUAUCUAAUAUUGAA